GCUACCCCUUUAAAAAUUCAGUUCACACAUUUAAUAAUGAUCGGAUUCAUUUUAUUCCGUAUUCAUAUCUUUCGUUUCCUCAUGGUACAUGACAAAACUGAAAAGACCUUUCGUCGAUGAUAAACAUUUCUUAAAUAACCUAAUUUUCAAAGAAUCUUCACACGUCCGUACUUUACGUUCAUUCGGACAAACAAAUAAAUCUUGCAACAAACUACUGUGUAAAAUCUGUUUCGGAAUUAGCCAUUCGAUUUUACGCCAAGUGGAGGCACGUUAAGUUAGGAAAUCCAGCGAAUUGUCGGACAUGGUUACGUCACAGUUGCAUCCAAGUGGGGGAAGCGGUUGCCAUAGCAACGGCGUCGCGUCGCCGCAUCCGUUGCUUAGUCAGCUGAUCUCGCUCGGAUGAAACUGGAAGAUACGCAAGGACGCGGAACGAGGACGUGGUCGGUAAACCCGGUAAUUAGACCUAACGUUCGUAUACGUCUUUCAUUUUUAUGGAUUCUACGACGUUCUUGAAAUUUUUCAGACACUCGCAGACCCAAGGCGUCCGGAGGCCUCGACAUCGGCGGUGGGCUCCGAGUCGGCGCGUUGAGGCUCUUCCCCUCGCUGGUCGGGUCUCCUCCUCUUUGCCUCCUUGUCGUCAUCCAGUGGAUGGGCUUUCAUUGCGUACUCCUGUCACGCUCGAUCGCCCGAAGCCUCCGCCGCGACCAGACUCGGAACGGCCCAGCCAUCAGCUUCGGGUCUCCGCGACUUCGGCGAACGGCCACCUCGAUUCCGAAGAAUCUUCCCGGGACCCUGGUGCGGACUUUCUUGGAUCCACGGCUCGAUCGCCGACUGUCACUCGUUACGAGUCUCGUCGGCUUCGUCGAGACUCCCAGAGUCUGUCUACGGUAUCCUUGAGGUUCCUGACCGUCCGACAGCCGGACACGUUUCACCGGGGGUCCAUCGAAGCCUUCUCGCUGGUGGGAUCGUCCGGAUUUAUAAGGGAAGCCAAGAUGAACAAGCUUUGCCGACAACUCUCCAUCGAAAGUCCAGGAACCUCUGGCAGGGAUUGCGUCUUCAGCUUCGACGUGCCCGUACCGGAAGUGCCGUCUCAUGGAGCUCGUAUUCAAGUCGUGUGCGCCGGGGCUUGCUAUCACCCCCGACGCUCCCCGGCUCCGAUGGGUUUGACUCCGGGUUUGACUCCGGGUUUGACUCCGGCUUCCAGCUCGAGCAGCCUGGCUACCGACGUCUCCGUCGAAGGCGAUUAUCCGACGUCCUUGCCUCACUACGGGGUGCGGAACGCGGCUCUGUUCCCCGGAUACGAGGUGGCGGGCACGAUAGAGUCCCUUGGGUCGGACGUCCCCGAGGACUGUGGCUACGCGGUGGGUGACCGAGUCAUCCUGUACCCCUACGAGGGAGUUCCUAACGGCUACGUGGAUUAUUUGGUGGUUCACGACUUGAAGUACCUCCUCAAAAUUCCCGACAACAUGCCUCUGAGCGUAGCGGCUAUGCUGCCUGCCGGAGCUCUGCUGGCCAUGAACACCGUCUUCGCAGCUCACGAGCACGUCCAGGCGUUGCUGGAGGAACGAGGCGAAGGCAGCGUGUGCAAGAUCCUAGUCGUCGGCACGGGAGGUUUAGCCUUAUGGGCUCUCAGAAUUGCGGCAUAUUAUUUCAGCAACACGAAGGACAGGGUCACCAUCACCGUCGCGUCGCUCAAGGACGAGGGCUUGAUUCUCGCCCAGGAAUUUAAACGAGUGCAUUCUGAUUUUAGGGUGAACGUGGUCCAGUGGAACGAGGACCUCUACGAGAAGCAGCUGAUCGAGCGAACGAUGGACGCGUGCCAGGGCUUGGUCGACGUGGUCAUCGACUUUGGAACGACCUCGCGAAGCCUUCACCGGAGCGUACAGUGCCUCGGCAAAGGCGGCGUCGUCUUCGUCAUCCGGGAGGUCGCCAACAGGCUGCUGCCAAAGUUCAGCAGGUGUGCCGAGGAGAGGCAACAGAGCAUUCAGCCCGUGGAGCCGGGCACCUUGGAGCAGUUGAAGGAGUUGGUCAAAUUGGUGGGAUCCGGCGAGAUAGAGCCUCCACCGCACACCGAGUACCCGGCCGAGCAAGCCCUGGACGUCGUGCACAAGCUCUGCCAUUCGCAAAUUCACGGAAGGGCCAUUUUGCGUUUCCAUCCAACCGAUUAAGUCCCGACCCUGAGACUGCUCUCGGGGUUUCGCAGCGAGUACUACGAGGUUCGGGCAUCGUUUCGGAGUAGAUUCGCGAUAACGUGGAAAAGACCCGUUCGGGAUCGAUGAGACGAAGGAACUCGAGAUUAAUUAGAUGUAGAACGCGAUAAGAGAAAUCUUGCAUUUUUGUUCUUCCGAUACUUCAGUAUCCGGCAGUAUAUCGUUCAAGCGUUAAACUUUUAAACGGUUGCAUGGCGUUGUUACAUUCCAGAGUUUGCAUUUAUCGAUGACAAAUGUGCUCGGUUUUGUGCGGCACCGAUAAUUCGUAACGUUUUCAUGAGCAAAUGUAAGAUUAGAGGGUAUUUCAAUCGAUAUAGCGUAAUUCAUUCGCUAUAGCGUAUUUCGUUUUUUAAGGAGGCGCAAUAUACUCUCGUCGGUCGGUACGGCGGUACCGACAUCGGUACGACGGUACGGUAACAAGUAACAAACGAAGAAAGAUAUUUAAUUAAAUCGAUUGCGCGUUUUCGAGGGACAUCGUGAAUUUUAGAUUGGCUGGACCGAUUUCAAUCAUGAAUGAGAUACCGAAUCGAUCGGUUGGUAGAUUGAGAUGAUCUUUAGGGUGCUGCGAAACCCCUGGUGCUGCCUCGAAGAAAAAUUCAAUUUUCUCCAAGGAUUAAACUCGUUUAUUUAUUUACUUUUAUAUAAAGAAAAAUUCAAUCUUCUUAUCGAUGGUUCUGAAAUGUAAAAAUUUAUUUUUCGAGAUUUCGGAUCAUGAAUAUCUAGCCAAAAAAUAAGGGAAUGAAUAAUGAACGGUUAAAAGUGAUAAUUUUUUUUUUUAAGUUUCAGUGUACCUAAUAAUGUUAUUAUUUUUUUUAUUUUUUGGGGGGGUAGGGGAUGAACAGGAGCUUCGGCUUCCGAAUUCGAUGGACUGGGAGAGUAGAACUUGGAGUUUUAAAUCACCUUAAUGAUUAAUUUAACCGAAAAAUCGAUACGAUGGGCUUCUUAGGUAGAGCUAGUUCCGUUAAUUCAGAUUUACGGCACGUGUUCUAUUAUAUUAAUUAUUAAUACGUCCCACAAAAGCUAAUAGAUCGACUCGAUGGAGUAACUUCGAUGAAUUUGGUUUCGGCUGUUCGCGGACAGUAAAAGACUAGUCAGAGUCUAUCGAUGCUUCUUUGCCGUUUUCAAACUGGCAGGAUUGCGUCCUGCACCUUUUUUCAUUUACCGUUCUUUACAUAGGUAUGCAUAUAUACGUGUGUUGUAUAUAUAUUAUUAUAUGCAUAUACAUGUACAUAUAUACACCUGAUAGUAUUUUUUUUUAGUUAUAUUCCAAAUCAUUGAUCGCGCGUUCUUGUGUUGCGGUUAAAUUUAUUGUAAUUUAAAAGACUGUUCGUUCGUUCAAACGAUUUUGUAUCGACGUAGAUAUUAAUUAGAAAUUUAACUACUUCCUGUACUUUUAGGGUAACAUAUGUUAUUGUAACCAACGUGUUUAAUAAUACAGUGAAUACGUUUUUUA